CUCCCAGACUGCUUCUCUGGGAUUUGUUCUGGAAAACAACUUACAGUCCAAAAAGACAUUCUGAUAUUUUUGUACUUUGUCUCUCUGGCAGUGGCUGCGGGCAGAGCCCGGGUGCAGCAGGACCCGUUGGUAGAGACCACCGAGGGCACCCAAAUCACCAUCAACUGCUCACACCCCGACAUCCAGUCAAGUGAAUACAUCUACUGGUACCGUCAGCUCCCGGGCCGAGGCCCCGAACUCCUCGGGAACGUUCUCAAAGGCUCCAAAGAGCUGCCCGACAAGGCGGCAAAGCUGUCGGUGUCGCCAGACCGUCGCUGGAGCUCCCUGUGUCUCUCCCGGCCCCGUUUGAAGGACGCGGCCGUGUAUUCCUGUGCCCUGGCAGGCACGGCCAGAGCAGCCGGGGCUGCGGCCGGGCACGAACCGCCGCGGCGGGGCCGGGCGGGGCCGGGGGCACAGCGCCGGCCGGGGCCUGCAGGGGCCGCUCCUGCCCCGCCAAGAGCUCUUUCGUCAAGGAUGGCCCGCCUGCCUGGGCCCCCUUCUUUUAAAGGGCUGCUUUCCCAGGGGCUUUCCGAAUCAACGCAAGUCCAGGGCAGGGCUUUGCUUGAUGCUCCUCCUUACUUCACCAAGUGUGCAAAACUCGAGCAUUUCAUGGUGGCUGUGCCCCACAUGGCCUUGGAUCAACACAUCUCUCCCCAACCCUGCUCUGUUUGCAAACAGCAGGGCUGGGUGCUCUCUAAACUCCCCACGAUCAGAAAAACUAAAAUUCCACCCAUGACUCCAGUCUUUAUGCCAGAGCAGAUGCAGGAAAUAGGAUAUAAGAGUGUGGUGGCUGCCAAGAGAAAGUUUCACCCAUCACAAGGGAUGAGAUGUACAUGUUACCCCAUCCUCUCCCCCAGACUGGCAGCCAACUCCUCAGCACAAACCCUCUGAGGGGAGCCAGGAAGCAGUGAAGAGCUCUGCACCCACCUGCAGCUCUGCUGGGCAGUGCACCCACAAUCCUUGUCCUUGCUGAUGUGCACGUUCUGCUGCAGGUUCAGUCUCAGAGCCAUUUGAUCUCCCACAGUAUUUCCCUGUCUCCCUGUCCCCACCUGGCUGGGACAGCCCUCAGCUGUCACCUGCUUUGCUGCAAUUUCCAGCCUUGACUCCUUCAGCAGCCAAAGGAUGGUUCUCCUCAACAGAGGGGCCACUGCAGGCUGUCCCAGCCUCCCAUUGCUCUGUCAGGGGAGAAGGGUCUCCUGUGCCAUCACCCACUUCCACUGCCGAGCAACCCCCUCCUGCUUGGACAGCUUGGAGAGUGUGUGCAGGGGUGGGAAAGCCAACAGGGAGGCCAGGCUUGAAUUCAGCAGAAAGAUUUAAGGAGGUAAAAGAGGGAAAGGACGUCCCUUCAAGUGGAGCACAGCAGUGCAGGGAGCCUGGGGGCAUCUGAGAGCCUGUGCCUUUGGUGGAGGAGAAGUUCCUGCCCGGUGCCUGUCUGCCUGUCCCUUAGAGGAGAGGACACAGAUGGGCCCCACCAGGCUGACCUUGGGGGGGCCUUGGGGGGACCUUGCUGCCAAGGCCAAGCAAAGCAAACAAAGAGAAGGGAAAGGCAAUGCCAUUCACCUCUCCUGCUAUCAACGUGGGAAAAUGUCCAUCCCCAGCCCAGCACCGUGUUCUGAGUGCCCUGAGGUGCCUCCCUGGGGCUUUCCCAGUAUCUUCUUCAGGGGAGGCACCUUCUGCCACAGUAGGGUCUGGGAAGGCCAGAGAGGUCCCAGCCCCCGCAGUUGACGGGCACUCCCUGAGAGCUGAGGAUGCUGCCAACAGCAGUGCAGGUGGUAGCAGUGGGGAGCUGGAGGGUGGGCCAGGAAACACACAUGCUUUUGCAUUUCCCUAUUAUCACCAGGCUGUCACAGACAAGCUCUGUCCUAUAUCCCUAAACCAAAAGUCCUCUCAGCUACAUCCCAACCACCCUCCAGCGAGACUUUCUCACCAUUUCCCUCUGUCAUGACAAGAAGAACAAAACCACAGCACAGGACACAGCCAGAAUCAGCUGUGAUGUCCAACAACUGGAGAUCUCACUUUGGAAGAGGAGCAGAAGGGCCUUCAGCCUCCCCUGGUUCCCAAGCAGAAGGAAGCAAGAGAAGUGCAGGAGAGAGCAGGGACUGGGGCAGCCUUUUCCACCUGCCCUUCACUGCUGCACGACCAGGGGCAGCCUUUGCAGAGGUAACACUUUCCCCACAAGCUCAUCUGGAAUGCAAACCAGCACAGCUGAUGAGAUGGGCUGUGCUUUGGUUUCCAAAGUGCUGCCUUUGUGUUUCCAGGUUUCU